UCGGCGUGGGGGGAGCGGCUCUUCUCUUGCCCGCUCAUCACCUGUGUGUCCCCCCCCCCUCCACACGCACCCACUCCGCGGCAGCGGCGCGGAGCGGGGGGGGGGGGGGGGGGGGCGCGGCGGCCGCUCUGUCUGGCGAGAGCGCCGAGCGGAGGGUCCGCGCCUGCGGCGGCGGGGAAGGCAGGGCACCGUGGCGGUCUGCGACCGCUUCCCGUCUCGUCCUGCCGCGCAGAGAGAGAUGCAGCGCCAGCAGCCCGGUGCCCCGGGGAAGGACGAUGCUCGGAGACUCCUCCCUUAAUGGUACGGAACCAACUUGAUCUGUGAUUUUGAGCAACAUAUUAAAGAGCUAGUACGGUGAUAAUUUGCAUGUUAGAAGUCAGAUUCAAGCUCCUGCAUUGUGAGACUCCUGAUUUGUGACCAGCUAAAAUUACAAUCGUGUUUCAUUAAAAGUGCUGAUGAGUACCCAGGACCCUGAAGACAGCAGUUUUGUGCAAGAUAAGAAUGCUCCUUAAAGAAGUUGAUGGAGGACAGAGCACCAGAGUUCCUGCCAGACACUGACAGCAUAAGAUGGCACCAUAGUCUAGUCUGAAAUUGAUUCUAGUGCAUAAAGGACAUAAAUGAUAAUUCCAGAGGUCCAUCUGUCCUGGAGCAGACAUUGGAACUGAGCUACUUAGUGCAUGUCAGGUGGUCCUUCCAAUCCAGCUGUUAUGGAGUCAAUGGAUGAAGCCGAAGCACAAGGACAGCUGAACAGGAAGGAGCAGUUCCUGAAAACCUCCCAGAAAACGGCACUGCUCGGUUGGGCUGCUCGGUGGAAUGGAUUAAUGCCUGGAGGCAACAUGUAUCUGUUUGUCCUCUCGCAGAUACUGCUUCUCUGCAUGAUGCUGUGGUACAGCACUUACGGGACCAUCCCAGCAGCUCAGAAUGCCUUUGACCUGCUGUCUUACUUGCUUACCCCAUUUAAACAGUUUUUGUCAGAUCAAGGGGAGGACCUGACUAGAAUUGGGAGCAUUGUGGUAUCGUACAUCCUACUGUCUUUAGCUUCUCUAGGACUGUUAUUUCUAGGAUCUCUGUUUUGGCAUCUACUCAGAGCCCGUCCAGACCCCCCCUUUCCGCUACAAGAGGACAGACGCCAAUCUGUGAGCCGUCAGCCUUCAUUCACGUACUCAGAGUGGACAGAGGAUAAAAAUGAGGAUGACUUCCUAGAUUUGGAUCCUGUACCGGAGACUCCGGUCUUUGACUGCGUAAUGGACAUUAAAGCGGAGACAGAUCCAGCUACUCUAACGGUUAAAUCCGUGGGCUUGCAAGAAAGGAGAGGUUCAAAUGUUUCACUCACAUUGGAUAUGUGUACCCCAGGCUGUUCUGAGCAAGGUUUUGGCUAUGUCAUGUCACCGCGGGAACAGUCAGCCAGAGAGUACCUCCAGACAGCAUCAAACAUUCUUACUGAAGAGGAAUUGCACAAGAAAGCACUGGAUCCUUUCAUACUCCAGGCAGAGUUCUUUGAAAUUCCAAUGAACUUUGUUGAUCCAAAGGAAUAUGAUAUUCCAGGCUUAGUGCGUAAGAAUCGCUACAAAACAAUUCUCCCAAAUCCUCACAGCAGAGUGUGCCUUACCUCAGCUGAUCAGGACGACCCCCUCAGCUCUUACAUCAAUGCAAACUACAUCAGGGGCUAUGGAGGAGAGGAAAAGGUAUAUAUUGCUACUCAGGGACCGAUAGUUAAUACUGUCAGUGAUUUCUGGAGAAUGGUGUGGCAGGAGCGUUCUCCCAUCAUUGUCAUGAUUACCAAUAUAGAAGAGAUGAAUGAGAAAUGCACAGAAUAUUGGCCAGAGGAACAGGUCACCUAUGAAGGAAUAGAAAUCACAGUUAACCGAGUCAUACAAGCAGAUGAUUACCGUUUAAGGCUCAUCACCCUAAAGAAAGGAGAAGAAGUCAGAAACCUGAAACAUUACUGGUACACAUCUUGGCCAGACCAGAAGACACCAGAUCAAGCCCCACCUCUGUUACAGCUUGUACUGGAAGUGGAAGAGGCCAUGCAGAGUGCAGAAGAGAAGAAUGCCCCAGUGAUUGUUCACUGCAGUGCAGGCAUCGGGAGGACUGGCUGCUUUAUUGCAACUAGUGUCUGCUGUAAACAGCUGAAGAGCGAGGGCAUAGUUGACAUAUUGCGAACAGCCUGCCAGUUACGGUUAGACAGGGGAGGAAUGAUCCAGACUUGUGAACAGUAUCAAUUUGUCCAUCAUGUCAUGAGCUUGUACGGAAAACAGCUUUCUAGAGCAGCAGAAGAAUAAGUGUUCAUGAUAUUCCUAAAGGCUAAAACCAAGAGAACUUUUGACUGUAUUCAGAUAUAUUUCAGAUCUGAUGAGACACACAUGGUAACCUGGCUGUCUUAGCUGGAAAGAAAGAUAUAUUAUUUUACUUUGAUAUUGCUUUUAUGCUCUUGUUUGCAUUGACAUUUAAGAGCUGAGGUACACCUUGUCUUAAACAUAUGUGAUAGGACAUAAUAUUCACCAAAAAAAGGCUUAUUUAUACUGUAAAUAAGAAUAGUAGCUUCAUUUGUUACAAAAGCAAGAAAAAAAAUCAGAAAAAAAUCCACUGUCUUCAGUUUGCUAUUUUUAAAAGAUCAUUGCUAAUAUAUCCAAAUACAGUGUGAAACUUUUUGAAUUGUCAUGCUGAAAUGUGCCGUAUGUUGACUAAGCUUGAAAGUAACUUUUUGCCUCUUUUUGAUUGUUUUUACAUAUAAAAUUACCGAAUACUGUGUAUAUUGUAAACCUUCUGAGCCUCUGCAUUGAAAGAUUCAAGUAGAUUCAUAUUGAAAUGAUGUUUCACACAUCAUCUUUGCUUGUUUAUUUUUUCUAAAGCAGUCCACCACCAGUGUUAUCAGAACUAAGGGGAAAAAAAAUAAUUCAAUGAGGUGAGUCAAAUUCUUACCUCUGAUUCUUACCCGCAAUGUACCCCAGUAUCAUGACAGCUGGGUGAAUAUGAGGUGAGUAGUCAAAGUUAAUCUGAACAUGAAUUCUUCAUGCUUUACCUUUUCUUUGUCAAUAUUUUGGCAUCUCAGUCUGCAACCAGAUUUGAUUUUUCUCUUUUUACAUAGUCAGACCACAAUUCAAAUACAAUUUCCCCUGAAAUUUGGGGUUUGAAAUCAGGUGAGGAAUUUUGUGAGUUAAAUUAAUCUUUAUUAAAAAUGUAAUAAUGAAAUCACUUGUAUUCUAUGAAUUUAAACUGGUUUCAAAGCUUUGAGGGUGACAGGGUGCCCAGGGCUCAUUAAAAUUAACCCAAAGCCUAAAGGCAGCUUUAAAAAAAAUCAGUCUGAACGUAUUGGUAUUUUGAUAAUGUGCCCUCAGAACAAAUUUAGACAAUCACUAGCCCAUUCUAAUCACUAGUCCAUGCAGCAGUGUUUGCUUUUCAGUAAUACAGACUGCUGCUGAUGCUGUUCUUUUUAGACCUAAGUCAGGCUGUGAAGACUGUAGUUUGUGUUUAAUGCUUAGAGGUAAGCACAGGUUUAAGUGCUUUAUUGAGCAAAGAAAAAUGGAGGUACACAGGACCCUUAACAUGAAAGAUGAGUGUUUUGUGAAUAGAGGCUGUAAUGAUCUACUAAAAAUAUUUUUGCUUCUCUUUAAUUGUAACAAUAACCAAAACCCACUGCUUUUAUUAGUGCAGGAGAUUCUGAGAAUUUACUGCACUUCCUAAUCAGGAGAAGGUAAAGCAGCUCUCAGAACAAUAAGGGCUGAUCCUGCUCCCACUGAGGUUUUGCCAUUGACGUCAGUAGGUGCAGGGUAGGGCCUGAAAUGUUAUGCCUACAACUUCAUCACUGUGGGGAAAGUUUCCCAAUAUUUCAGUACACAUCCUUUGUGUUUAUUCUGUAUCCAUGAACCUGUAAAAAUCCUGUCAGCAGGGUUUGCAUGAAUGUGUGGCAAAAUGUGUUAUCUUUAAACUACUUGAUUUUAUUGCUGUAUUUAAAAUAUUUCCUUCAGUGAGAAACUAGCAGGAGGAACUGGCAUUCUUUUUAAAAAUACUGGUGGUAGUCAUUAAAUAGAGCAAUAAACUUAAGCUUUUGAGCAUAA